AUGGCCAAAGGAACCAGAGGAACCUUUACCAUCCGAGCCCCCAACAACCGCAGCAUCACUUCCUUAUUCCCUGUAAACAUCUCCAUGGUGAUUGGGGGCAGCUCGGCCAAUGGUACGGUGAGCCUCAUGGCACCCACCAGCACCCUGUCAGGAACGGACGUCACCUUGACCAUGGAGGCCGAGGCCACUGGAACCGCAGACUUGAACAACGCAUUCCUGCAUCUCUUCCUUGUCAGCAAGGUGAUAGAUUUUACCGCUCCCGAAUAUGAACAAGAGGUCAAGUUUAACAGAGGUGAGAUGGAGGAGAGGAUUGUGGAUAUCUAUGUCAGUGCAGACACCCUGAGAGACGGUGAGACCAGCACCAAGAGAGAAGAGACAGAGGACACUGCUCCUAAUAAUGGACCAGGAGACCAGUACUCUGAUCCUGAUAGCUCCGUGAAGAGACCCUCCCUAGUUGCUGCAGUGUGUCUGGGGCUGCUGUGUCUUCUCCUACUGGCUGGGAUCAUAGGCCUGUCUGUCUACUAUAACAGAGCCAUCAAAGAUUCUGAGGAUAAAAGGAACAACUUGUCACGGAGUUGUUCCCUUUAUAAGACUAACGCAACUGCAGAGAGAGACCAGCUACAGACCAGAUACAACAACCUGACUAAAGAGAGAGACCAGCUACAGACCAGAUACAACAACCUGACUAAAGAGAGAGACCAGCUACAGACCAGAUACAACAACCUGACUAAAGAGAAAGGCCAUAUUCAGGCAAAGCUUUUUGUGAUUGAGCAGCAUUGUCAGGAGGGAUGGAGAUACUUUGACUCCAGUUUGUACUUCCUCUCUACUGAGGAGAAAACCUGGGAGAAGAGCAGACAGGACUGUCAGGGGAGAGGAGCAGACCUGGUGAUCAUAAACAGCAGAGAGGAACAGACAUUUGUCUUCAACCUCCACCUGAGAGCCUGGAUUGGUCUGACUGACUCAGUUACUGAGGGGACCUGGAAGUGGGUGGACGGCACCCCACUGACCACAGGGUGAGAGAUUUGACCAUUUUACCAGGUGAUAUGGAGAUAAAAAACAACAAUGAGAAAUUGCAUCUAAUCAUGUUCAUCAGAAUGUAUGUUUCCAUUCAUGGAUGUUAUUCAAUGAGAACUAUAGAUGUAUCACA